CUGCUCCCUGGGCAGAUCCUGACAACGGAGACGUGUUGUGCCCCUUCAUGACUCUUUCGCAAGUUUCCAGUCUAGUGCACGGAAGACUGCCUUCUUCCUUGGAGGAACCAGACGAGGAGGGAAUCUGGACUCCCCUCCAGCUGGCCGCUGCGCAAGGCAAUCUACCCGAAGUGAAGCUCCUUUUAUCUCAGCCAUCAAGCAACCCCAACGAACCCCCCCGAGGCUACUACGGCCAAACCGCACUUCAGGCUGCCUCGCUCAACGGCCAUCUUAAGGUGGUCGAGACGCUCUUAGCCGCCGGUGCCGAUGUGAAUGCUCCUGGGGGCAAUAACGGCGGCCGAACCGCCCUCACCCUCGCCGCUGGCGCUGGCCACUUCCAGAUCGUUCGCCAUCUGGUCGUUGCCGCAGGCGCGGACGUCAAGUACCCGGCACACAAAUACGUGGGGCGCACCGCCCUGCAGGCCGCAGCGGAGGGAGGCCAUCUCGAGAUCUUACAGUGGCUGUUACAACACCAGCCUGUCACAGAGAUCAACGCGCCCCCGGCAAACAACCGGGGUCGGACCGUGCUGCAGGCCGCGGCGUUUGGUGGCUAUGAUGAGAUGGUAGAGUUUUUACUUCACGUUGGUGCGGAGGUGGAUGCACCACCCUGCAGAUAUCAUGGCGUGACAGCCCUCCAGGCCGCGGCUUUUAACGGUCACCGCACCACCGUCCUUCGACUCUUGACGGCCGGGGCGGAUGUGAACGCUCCCGGAGGUCGGUAUAAUGGCUACACGGCACUGGCAGCAGCGGCAGAAGGCGGCCACGCAGACAUUGUGCGACUCUUGCUGGACGCUGGCGCCGAUGUGUCCAUGGCAUCCGGGAAUAAGAAUUGGACGGCGUUGCGGUUUGCGGUUUGGCGGGGACAGAAAGAGAUCGUGCAGCUUUUGGCCUAAAUGAAAGGAUAUACUACGACAGAUAAGUGAACGGAACACAGUUAUCUUACCAGGCAUGAGUUGUAGUAUAAGCCAUUGCAGCAAGCUAGAUGUAGUUAAGUAGUAGUAUAUAUUAGUGAUCAGAUAGUGAUUUUUAUUGCCAGUUGGAUCUCAAAC